AUGCCAACAGAGCGCAAUGAAGUGAAUGUAUUUGCUGCCACAACCCAACCAAAUGGGGCUAGUUGCUGCGUUGCAGGACGUCCAAGAUACCCGAGAAACGGCGAGAAAGAAAUUCUUAUAAAACUAAAGAGUAGAGUCGAGGAGGAGAAGCGAGGAGUGUCCGAAUGCUCCAUAGAAACGCUACGAGCGGAAACGCCCGAUGAGUUCUAUGCGUUAAAAUCUCGCCCACAGGAUGUGGUCCCUGAUGUUGAUGGUCAUCAUGAAGCAAACGAUGUUGAUGAUGCUGAUAAUGAUGACGAUGAUGAUGAUGAUGAUGGCCAGCUCAAUGGACUUGGACUUGCACUUGGACUUGGACUAGUCACUGCCAGUGAUGACCACAAACAGCAGCAGCAACAGCAGCAGCAACAGCAAAUGCAACGACUGCAACAGCAUCGACAAAUGCAACAAAAGAAGCUCAAAUUUAAACGUGAAAUGCAUGCUUUGGCGCUGGAGGGCGGUGAUGUGGCCAGAGGAUAUUGCUCCUGUGAUGAGCAAUGGACCAACUCAACAUCAUCGCCAACCACAUCCACCUCAACCACAUCGGCGACAUCGGCGGCCACAAUGUCGCCAACGCCAUUGCCAAUGCCAUUGUCCAAUGGAAUCGCUAGUGGCAAGGCGUACAGAAAUGGUAAGGGAAACGUCAACGGAACCGGAAACGGCAACGGAAUUGUGAAACUAAAAGCGACGCCGACAGCAGCGAAGCGUCUCAAGCAGCAGCAUCAUGUGCGCUUCUCAGACGAGAAGAAUUUCUCGGAUUGAAAACUACUAGACUGCACCUCCUCCCUUCCCCAAACUACCCCCUCCUAUUCCUAAGGACCCACGAAUACAAGAAACCCCCUAUUUAAUCAUAACUAAUUAUAGUUAAUAUUUAAAUUAAGUCCUGUAAAUACAAAACAAAUGUUAGUUAAUCUCUGUGUUUAGUUAUCUAGAUCUGUUGUGAACUAUAUAGUAUAUAUAUAUAUACAUAUAUAAAGAAAGGUAUAA